AUGGGACCGACUAAGAUGGAUGAGAAAUCAGCCGCGCGGAUCGCUAAGUCCCGCGGGAAGACCGACCCUUUCGCAAAGCGUGCAGGUAUGGCCGCUAAAAAUAACAAGGAUCAGAGGGGCGACAGCUCGGACGGAUCCUGGCGGAAGAGCGACUCGAACCAGAAGAAAAAGGACGGUGGCCAAGAAAAGUAA